GCCGCCAUCGCGCGCCCGCGCGCGCGGCGCGCGCGCGCGGCGCGCGCGCGGCAAGGGGCCCCUGCGCGUCGCGAUGGAUGUGCCUGGCUUCUCCAAGGUCCAGGUGGACGCGCUGCUGGAGGACGAGGAGGAUGAGCGCCAGCGCGCAGUGGGAGCAUCGCGGGCGCUUUACGCCAAGGCGCAAGAUGCGUUCGCCGCGAAGGGUUCGACAGUGGAGGUGCUCCAGCUCUUCGAGCAGGCGGAGGCCGCCAUGGCGGGACACAUGGGCGCGGGGCUCGCGGGCCUGGCGCCCGAGGAGCCCCGGCCCGCGGCCCGCUUGCGGGGAGCGGCUGGCGCCGGCUCCCGGCCUGGCAUCGCUUGGACGUGUGCAUUUUUUCUCGGCGAGAACCAUCGAGGACCAUCCUCGACCAACGAGGAAAACAAAACACGCACGAAAC